UCAUAGUGUAACGACUUUGUUUUGACGUCAGUUUUCUCUUAUUGAGAUUAAGAAUAUACGGACUUGCUACAAAGAACAUAUAUUACUCUGACAUUACCAACAAUGUCGGCUGAAUUCAGACAAUCUUCUCAUCGGGAAUCUGGGGAUGAAAUCAUUCAUGUUCCUGAGGAAGAAGAGACCCUACAGGAAAACAACCUUCCUGAGCAUGAAUUCAAGUCGACUACCGUCAGCACUGACCACAACAAUCCUGGUUCCAUGAAAUGCAGUGACGGCGCCAACCCAGCCCCUCCCUACCAACAAGCGAUGGACGAACGGGAACCUGAAGCUAAUGACUACGAAAGCCUUGGAGAAGGCAACCCUGCGUAUGAUUACAUUGAAGCAGUGUCAUGUCCGCUUACACUGAGAAAUAGAGCAUGGGCCAAAUGUAGGAAGACCAUGCUUUUUCUCGUUCCCAUAUUUGCCAGUCAGAUAGUGAACGUCUUGGCUGGGUUGUUCUACAUGUCCUUCCUGUUCGUUGACAAGACCAACUCUGGAGUAACAUCGUAUGAAGAUGGAGAGAUGGUGGCUAAAGAACAAAGAAUAUUUAGGGUGUCCUUUGCACUGGCAGCUGCUUCCUGUGCGCCGCUUCUGGUCAGAUUCAGCGCCCGGAAGAUCGCCCAGUGGGGAAGUGUCCUACUCAUUUUUUCCUGUAUCUUGUUGUCAUUGACAACCACAGGCGAUGUCAUGACAAUCCUAUUAAGCAUUACGGCAGGUUUUACUGGGGGUCUUCUUCGGACGACUGGUGUCGUGAGUACCGUCGACCACCUCAACACUCGCCCAGCUCUCGCACUUAUCAUCAGCUACAUCAGCUUCCUCAUUGGGAAAGUCAUCAUUGUCAGCUGCUCCUUCUACAUAUAUCAAUUCAAUGCGGUCAGGCGGAGCACACAAACUUAUGGUUCAGUAGUGUUUCAAGUUCACAUAGGACGAGAUUGGCCUCACGUAAUGAGAGUGUUUGAGAUAAUGGGUGUCAUAGGACUUCUCGCUGGUAUAUUUCUUCAGAAGAACUCACAGGCCCAGCAUAAUGUGACCAGGCUCUUCAAACAUCCACCGAUUUAUUUCUUGAUCCUGAUAACAGUUCCCGCGUCUAUGGGGUUGUCAAUCCGCACGAACGCAUCCAACCAUACGCUUUUAAUGUUCGGGAGUCUUCUCGUGCUGUUUGUUCUGCUGAUCAUCCCAGGGAAGGAAAGUCUAAAAGAAAAGUCAGCUCUUUUAUCGAUGGGGAUAUCAGUCUUAGCUGAGGGCCUCGUCACCAUGGUCCAAUCUAGCUUUAAGGGAGAGGUGGCUAUGAACUUCCUGCUUGGAGCUGCCAUUGGGCUCCAUCAAGUAUUGAUGCCACUAGUGUUGAUCAACACUACGGGUAGAAGUAAUAUAAAACUGGCCCUCCCAGUGCUGGUUUGCUUUGGCGAGGUGGGAGGACUUCUCGGAAUCUCCAUCAUUGAAAAACAAUCAGAUCGUGUAGCCUUGUAUUUUGCUGGAGUGUCCCUGAUCAUUGCCGGAGUUGGUGCCAUCAUUGCAUGGGUGCUGAUAAAACGCUGGCCCCCUCUCAGUGAUGACAAUUUCUCCCGGGCUAUUUCGAUAUGCGCGGAGACUACCGGCGAGGAGGAGGAGGAGAACGUUGUCGUGGAAUGUGUCGAGGACCGUGUCGAGGAGGAGGAGGCAGAUAACCCUGGUGAGGAGGAGGCAGAAGAGCCUGGUCAGGAGGAGGCAGAAGUCCCUGUCGUGGACCUUCGCGAGGGGGAGACAGAGAACUCUGGGUAAACUAGUGUUGCUCCGGUAGAUUGCUAAACGAUUGAUUCGCAAAAAUGAACUGUACUUUUAAUUGUUUGUUUUGCCACCA